AAAUUGCUCAACCUCUCAAAGUUUGUGGUUUCACUCGUUCGUCAAAGAAGCAACUUAGUUUUACCUCUUCUCUUCCUCGUCCGUUUCUCUCCGGUGCCAUUCUAGAUCUCGGGACGAGAUCCUCUCGUAGUGGUGGAGUGUUGUAACGCCCCGGAUGCAACUUUCCAUAUCUGUAACUCCUACUCUUGCUUUUUCCGGAGAUGUGUUUUGAUUUUUCCUUCGUGGGUGGGUUUUUGUCUUUUGUUUUGCUUUUUAUUCAUGUCAGGCAUUUCAUCUCAUAGCAUCAUGUGCAUUGCAUUCAUCCUUAUGUUACAUGUUACUUUCAUGUCGUAUGUAUCAACCCCUUUGCUAUCCCUCUCAAACCUAGCCUUGCACCAUCACCUUCUUCUUCCUCUUCUUUUACUUCUUUAUGCAAGCGAGUUCUUCCCUGCCCCAUUAAUGUUCAUUCUUUUUAUAAUGCUAGUGCUCCAUGCCUUAUACCUCUGCCAAAUAUAAUCAGUUUUGGAGUUGUUUUGGUUGGGUUCAAAAAUGGCUCAAGUUUGAACUCAAUUCAAACUUGAAUUAUUUUUAUAUCCUUAAAAAUGCCCAAAGCAAUUUAUUAAAAUUCUACACAAACUCUGGACUCCGGAUAUAUUCUCAUAUCUCUCUCACGCCUUCCCUUUUAUCUCUGAGAUUUUCUCUCUUAUUUUCUGUUUGAGGAAAUUGAGAAAAGAAACACCAGAGGGGGAGAGAGAGUUCCAGCCGAGGCCCAGCUCCUCUCCGCGCAGCGCCACAGCCCACUUACCCCUUCGAUCCUACCCACCUCAUUAGGCCCAGCCCACCUAAAUCUUCUAACCCUAGCGAGCAUCUCCCCUCGUACCCCCGCUCCAUCCCUCUCGUUCCCUCGCGCCGCCACGCACACACACCGCAUCGCAGGGGGGCAGCGCCCCACGCCCGAUCCCCUCGAACGCUACCCUGGCCCCGGCCAUGGCGACUGCGCCGGCGACACUGGAGGCUGCUGCUCCGCGCCAUCUCCGCUCCUUGUUCCUCUGCCCGUGCAUCGGCGUCGCCUCCAGCAGCUCCUCCCCGUCGUAUCUGCCUCGCCCGGCCUCCUCAACCCCAUCGCUAGCAGCCGUCGCGUCGUCCAUGGCGUCGGUCGGACCUCCACAGCGCCGCCGCCCCGUCGACUCUCCUCUGCAGCUCCUUCCUCUGCAAGCCGCCGUCGUGCCCCGUCCAGCAGGGACCAUGCCCUCGUCCCGUCCCCUGCAUCCUUCCUCCCGUGCCCCACGACCCCCUCGUGCCGACCAGCGACCGUCGCUGCCUCCGCACCCUCGCCCCCUCGCACUCCAGAUCGGGAGAGGAGCUCCCGAUCCAGAGUUGGUCGCUGCACCGGGCUUCGUCUUCGCGCCUUCGCUGCCCGCCUUCGUUCGCUGGUGCCUCGUCUGCAGGGACCUCACCGUGCACCAGCGCCGCGACUUCCUCCUCUGCUCCCGAGUCCCCGCUUCGCAGCUGCGCCUCCCCUGGCCUCACCGCCUCGCUGCAGUGAUCUUCCUCAAGCAACCCUUCAUGGUUCCUCUUUGCUGUGAACCGCCAAGUACCACCGCACCGAGUCUUUUGCCUUGCUUUGUUUUGGGUUGAAGGCCGAGACGAGACCGCCAAGAUGCACCCUGGUUUCGACAAGUUCCUCACGGCGACCCUGAACAUCUACGGGAUAUGUACGACUUUGAACCGUGUACCACGACGAACAUGUACGGCUACACGACGACCCGCAAGACCCUGAACAACUACCGCCGCCGCCGUGUACCAUUACUUCCGCUACGUCGCCACGUGAACGUCUACCUCCACUACGGCCGUGAACGACUACUUCCUUCGCCGAACUCGAUCCGCUUCGUUGAUGCACGAUUCAAAGCUUCGGUUUCGUUCCGGAGUUGUGAGGAUUCGUUCGACUACGU